AUGGAUGAAACAUUUCACGCUGGCAACUCAAACAAUGCUCCCCACAUUGCUAGCCUCUCAUUCCCAUUCGCAAGCCACCCUAUGCCUCUCUUCAUGCUCGCCUGUCGCUUACUCAUUGCCGCUCCAGACGUGAUGUUCUCAUUCUUCGGCACUGCAACAUCCAAUGGCCAGAUCUUCAAGAACAUUAACAAAUGCCUUGAGAAUCUAAAAGCUUAUGAUGUAGAUGAUGGGAUACCAAAAAACAAUGUAUUCACGAGCACAAUACAGGAGCAAAUGGAGCUUUUCAUGGCAGUGACGCCAUGGAACUUUAAGAAGGGUAUCGAGGUCGCAAUGUUGGAGAGAAGGAGGAAGAUAACAUGUCUGAUGAGUGAUGCUUUCUAUUGGUUUUGUGGGGACAUUGCAGUUGAGAUUGGGAUUCCUUGGAUAGCGGCUUCCUUAGCGGGUGAUUGUUCUCUCACAACUCAUGUCUACACUAACCUGAUCCACUCAACCAUAGGAGUUGGUCCAAAUGGUAAUUAUAAUCAACUUGACUAA